AGUCCAUCCUCGUCAUGAAGUCCAUCAGCCUCUUCCCCCUGGUAGUUCUUCUCCUGGGAACUCUGGCAUCAUGGACCGUGGAAGGUGCUCAGAAUUCUAAGAAAGCUGGGAAGUGUCCUCCUGUUAAUAGUGUCCGCUGCUUUCGGUAUGAGGAACCCCAGUGCCAGAGUGACUGGCAGUGUUCAGGAAACCAGAAAUGCUGCCAGGAUGUUUGUGGCAUCAAAUGUGUGGAUCCCAUGGAACUCCCCACACAAGCUAGGAAAAAGCCUGGGAAGUGUCCUCAGGUGUAUGGAGAAUGCAUGAUGAUUAACCCUCCCAAUCACUGUGAGACCGACAGCCAGUGCCAGGGCAAACUCAAGUGUUGCAAGGGCAUGUGUGGGAAAGCCUGUGUCAACCCUGUCCGAGGUAACUGGAGGCAGAGCCAAGACUCCUUUAGCCUUCUGGAGAAAGGUUUUCUAAGGGACUAAGAUGGUGAAGAUAAUUUCCUGGUUUCUAAGCUGAAGCUUGAUUUGCUCUCCUUUGUCAACUUGAUUCUGCUACUACAAGAGGCUCCAUAUUCCACUCUAGGUGUUCUGGGAAUUCCCUAUUUGACCCUAGAGUGGAAUCAUGGGAAGAUGCAGUGGCAAAGACUUGUUUCUGCAAAGUAUUUCCCUUGGGGGAUGGGUUUGUUGAUUUGUGAAUAAAUAAAGAAGCAUUUCAUCUCUA